CACGUCGGACCCCGAGUACCCGACGGACGCGCCAACCGACAAGCCGUCCAACGGCAAGGUUGCUCUCUACUACCAGUGCGGCGGCUCCAACUACAAGGGCGACACCGAGUGCGUCGAGGGCGCUCACUGCGUCAAGUACAACCCGUUCUACUUCCAGUGCCGCCCCGACUCGGAGGGCACGAGCGACAAGGUCGCGGCCUACAUGCAGUGCGGCGGCAAGGACUUUAUCGGAGCCACGACUUGCGUCGACGGCUACCACUGCGGCGAAAUCACAGAGUACUUUUUCCAGUGCCGGCCCGCGGUCGAGUAUGGCAGUCUCGAAACGACGACGACGGAGGACAACGACGAGGAUGAUGACACGACCCGCCGUCUCCGCCGUGUCUAAGCGUCGAGCUGUCUAGUCGUCUAUAGAUAAAUGUGUUUGAUAAACAUUGCUGGUAACGGUCA